GACUGGAAAGGGAAACCCUACGGCAUCACAUUUUCUGACGGAAGUGACAAAACCUAUGGUGCUGUGAUGUACGUCAGAUGGGAGACAAGUCACGGAACUGAAGUUCGAUUCGUGGAAGCAAAGGCCAAACUGACACCCCUGGACCAAAAGGGAGAUGCUGUAAAAGCAGAAAUCUGUGGCGCAGUCUUUGCUGCCAGAAUUCGGAAGUACGUGGAGAAACAUGCCCGUAUGAAGAUUGAGAAAUGGUUCCACCUACUGGACAGUCAAACAGUCCUCGGGGCCAUCCAACGAGAAUCAUACGGAUACCAAACCUUCUUCGCCAACAGAGUGGGCGAAAUCCAGAUGUCCGGGCCAGUGCAAGACUGGUGGUGGGUCAGAGGAGAUCUGAACAUUGCUGACUUAAUAACAAGAGGAGGCAAUCCCAAAGACUUAAAUGAGGAAUCCACAUGGCAAAACGGACCAGAGUUCCUGAAGUGGCCAGUGGAGGAGUGGCCUAUUCAGUCAGCUGGAGAAGUUGCAGCCCAGGCCAGGGAGAGUGUAAACAAGCUUCAAAGAAAGGCAUUCUCUGCUGCACUGACCAGAGCUCAAGCUAAGAUGAGUCGGCAAAAAGAAGACCCACUGGCCACUCCGGAAAAGGAAAGUCCCUGUGAAGAAUCGAAACCUAUUAUGCCAAGAAGAAAACCCACUAGCUGGGUGAAACAUCUUGUGGUUGUAAAAAGGUUCAGUAGCCUGACAAAACUGAUCAGAGUUGUUGCCUGGACACGACGAGCUGCCGAGCAGUGGCUGAAGAGGAGGUCGAACCCAGGACAACCAAAGUGGGAGGCAACACCCAAGCAGGCUGGAUUGGCUGGCACUGAACUAGAAGGUGCACGUGAAGACGUCUUCCUCGCAGCUCAAGAAGGGAGGAUCCAGAUAUUUAACGAAGAUGAGACAGCCGUGCCAGUCUUGCCAUUUGAAGCAUGGGUGUCAACAUUGCUGGCACAAGAAUCCCAUGACGCUAACCACGAGGGGGUAGCAGGAACCCUUCUACGGAUGAGGAAGACAGCGUGGAUAAUAAAGGGCCGGAGAAUUGCCAAGAAAGUAGUUGACAGCUGCAUAGUUUGCAGAAAGAACAGAGCAAAAAAGUGUCAACAAAUCAUGGCAGACUUACCUCCAGAGCGAACCACCCCAGCUGCUCCUUUUGAAUUCACAACCAUGGACCUAUUCGGCCCUUAUGAAGUGAAGGAUGAAGUCAAGAAAAGAACCAGACUGAAAGUGUGGGGAAUUGUCUUCAGUUGCAUGGCCUCCCGUGCCAUACACACUGAACUAGUGAGUGACCAGUCAUCCCAAGGCUUCCUCCUCGCCUAUCAGAGGUUCACGUCACUCAGAGGACAUCCCAGGAAGCUCUGGUCAGACCCCGGCACAAAUUUUGUGGGCGCCAAACCUGCUCUGGAACAGCUGUACACAUUCCUUGACCGACUGGACAAGUCUCAAGUCGAAGACAUGGCUGCCAACCAUGGAACAGAAUGGUCCUGGAAGAUCCACCCUGCGGAUUCUCCCCACAGAAAUGGUGCUGCAGAAGCGGCUGUCAGAGUGGUCAAACGGGCCCUGACCAAUGUCGGCGGAGAUGGUGUCUUCACCUGGGGUGAAUUUCAAACCUUCCUCUACAUGGCUGCCAACCUUGCAAAUGAGCGACCAAUCGAUGCAAGAACUCAAAGCGGGGAAGACUGUGUGGAAUACAUCACCCCGAACUCUCUGCUCCUAGGGCGUGCCAACCCUAAGGGAGAUCCUGGAGACUUCCAGUUUGAUCGCUAUCCUUAUAAAAGACUGCAAGUAAUUCAAGCUGAAGUCACCAAAUUCUGGAAGAAAUGGAGCCAACUAGCUGGACCCAACCUCUUCAUAAGAAACAAAUGGCACACCAAAGAGCGAAAUGUUUCUGUCGGAGAUGUGGUCUGGUUGGCUGACCAAAAUGCCCUGAGAGGACAGUACAAGCUGGCCAGAGUAGUCAGAGCCAAUACGGACAGCAAAGGCAUCGUAAGAGACGUGCUUGUGAGGACCUUUCCCAGCUAUCCUGUCCCCAUCAAGAAGACAAGCGACAAAGAAAAACCGACCACGAAAACCAAGAGGCUCAGACAUCAAAUCCCAGCAACAAUCCUGCAUAGGGAUGUCAGACGCCUCAUCAUUCUAAUUCCCAUUGAAGAACAAAGGAAAGAAGGACCUGUGUGACCCCAUUGGGUUUUGAAAACCAUGAGGGCCAAGUGGGAGGUGUGGAGUUGAAACUCAGUGUGAAUGAAGUGUCCCUGCCCUGGAAGUAAGGAGCUGUCUCCUCCUUAAUCUAACUCCUUGGUGAAGUACCAGAAAGAACUACAUUUCCCAGAACACCAAGGUCAAGAUGGCCACCAAUUGGCUGAUUCAAGGCAGCUGUUAAGGAAUGGUGGUGCUGUCUCAUUUCAUGCAAGCAAGCAGAGCGGCAAGACGCAAAAAUCUACAAGAUCCAUCUUUAAAAGACUUCCAACACACCAAUGGUCGGUGAAUAUACCCACUUUGCAAUAUGCUGAAAUGCUUAUUUGUUAAAACUCACCUUGACAUGUUGGUUUACUUACCUGUCUUAAAUUGUUUUUAGUUUGAACCACAGCAAAUUUACUCCAACCUUGAGCAUUGAUUGCAUCUGGGUAUUUUCUUACUGUUUGAUAAUUAAAAAGCUUGAGUUAAUUGAAUUGUUAAAUAAGCUCAAU